AGAUGGUAGAGCAGCGUCCCCAAGCACGCCUGAAUCAUCGCAUCCUAGCACGGUCGGGGAGAUGUCGACGGGAUCCAAUGGUGCCAGGCGCAUAGCGUCGCUAUUGCGUCCUUCCAUAAUCGACUCCAGAGUAUGUAGGAACUGUCAAGAAACGUUCGUCCGUCGCAAUUAUGCAUCUGCCGCUGCAGCAGAAUCUGAGACUCCUUCUUCCUCGUCCUCAACACAGAACGAGGCACCGAUCUUCCCAGUCCUGAAACCCGUCUAUACCAUCAACGCAGGAGUGGUCCUUUCUCGUCCCCCACAGAUCACUCGCGACCUCACACCGUUCGAGAAAGCGUACUACUUUUACCAGAAACGGCUGAAUGAGCGAUUAGCCCUCCCUUUCACGAAAUACUUCUACUUUAAGCGAGGCACGCCAGCCGACGAGGACUGGAAACGAAAGAUCCGGGAACGCCAGACCGCGGCUCGCGACAUUGGGAAGUACAAUGCGUACUCCAAGGAGGCAUGGAAUGAUGAGUUGCUGGUAGGGGCGGUCGAAUCGGAACCGGAACAUCAGGUCGAGAUGCUUGUGCAGGAUGCGGAAGCGACGGCCAAUGCCACGUCGCAAGAUACAAGCAAGAGGGAAGAAAUCCCUCGGCCAGCUCCCCGGGUGACGGAAGCAGAUAGGAAGGGUGACCUGAAGAGUCUCGACAGAUUGCUGCAGAGGACUCUUUAUCUUCUCGUUCAGACGAAGGAGGGAUACUGGAAGUUUCCCAGCUCUCCCAUCGAAGAAAAAGAGAGCCUUCGAUCGGCCGCCGAACGUACUCUGGAACAGUCCGCUGGUGUGAACAUGAAUACAUGGAUGGUGGGUUACCAUCCCGUCGGCCACCAUAUCUAUGAUUUCCGGAAGCCCAAACUCGAAAAGGACGCUGGUAUUGAGCGUCUUGGCGAGAAAACUUUCUUCAUGAAGUCUCGAAUCAUGGCCGGCCAGGCCGAUUUGUCGGCUAACUCGCAGAAUCUCAAUGAUUUCAAGUGGCUGGCCAAGGAAGAGAUCGCGCAGUUUGUGUUACCGUCCUAUUUCAGCAGCAUUAAAAACAUGCUUGCUGAGAGGUAGGUGAAGCACAUUGAGAGACAUAAGGCGAUGUGCGUAAUGGAGAAAUGUAUCGGGGUAGUGUUGGUCGAUAACAAGGAGAAGCAUCUAUCCUGACACGGAGUAUUUUAGGCGAUAGCUCUUUUUUCUACAAUGGAGUCCACAGAAUUUGGACAUACUGCUU